CCAAAUUAAGCAAAAUAAACUUGUUUCCAAAUUUAAUAUAAUUAGACUUUAAUUUGUUACAACAAUGAGCAUGAGGUGGUUAAUAACAAUUUUAGCCAUUGCUACUUUGUUUUCAUCCCAAUUAGCUUAUGCCUAUGAUGUCAAUCCUCUACAAGACAUAUGUGUUGCAGUUCAAGACUUCAACACUUCUGUUUUUGUGAAUGGAAAGUUUUGCAAAGACCCAAACCUUGCAAAAGUAGAUGAUUUUUUUACUUCAGGACUUAAUGAAAGUGGAAAAGUAGUGAGGCAAAUGUAUGGUUAUUCUGUGCAUAUUGUUGGUGUAAACAAUAUGCCAGGACUCAACACUUUAGGCAUUUCUAUAAUUCGUGCUGAUUUCGAACCAAAGGGUCUUAUCCCACUUCACACGCACUCUCGAGCUACUGAGCUUAUAACUAUCUUGAAGGGUACACUUUAUGCGGGAUUUCUUCUACCUUAUGAAAACAACUUCUUUAAGAGUCGUCUUUUCUCUAAAAUCUUGAAUCCUGGUGAUGUGUUUGUGAUUCCACAAGGGCUUAUUCACUUUCAGUAUAAUGUUGGACGUACAAAUGCUACUAUACUCGCUACUUACAACAGUCAAAAUCCUGGAUUUACCAUGAUUCCUAAUAUAAUAUUUGCUUCUGAUCCACCUAUUAUCGACGAUGCUCUUGCCAAAGGUUUCCAGCUUGAUAAGAAAGUGAUUAAACAACUUCGAAAGAAAUUUGCCUAGGUUAUGUUACUAGAAUUAUAUAAUUAUGUACUAAAUAAAUUGUCCUAGGUUAUAUGUCACUAUACAAAUGUUGUUGUAUGUUGAAUAAAUUCACCUAGGAUGAUCACUUGUUUGUUGUAUGUUUCAAAUUGUUUAUGUUCCAUCAUGUAAUUUAGGUUUUUUGUAAUAAAGAU